UAUAUAUAUAUAUAUAUAUAUAUAUAAAAGCAAUAGCUGGGGAAUAAUAUCACAUUAUGUCGCCAAGUCUAGUUGCUCCAGAGCCAGAGCACUGCCCUGGCCCUGAGUCGGAGCAGGCAGGCCAAGGUGAUGCCUGCGCUGGAUGCCCCAAUCAACAGAUCUGUGCCUCUGCCCCGAAGGGUCCCGAUCCUGAUAUUCCCAUCAUCCAAGAGAGACUCUCCCAGGUCCGACACAAGAUCCUUGUAUUAUCCGGGAAAGGUGGGGUUGGCAAAUCGACCUUUUCCUCUCUCCUCGCGCAUGCGUUCUCAGCGAAUCCCGACUCGAUGGUUGGCUUGAUGGACACCGAUAUCACUGGACCUUCGAUUCCAAAGCUGAUGGGGGUGGAAUCGGAGACAAUCCACGUGAGCAACGCAGGCUGGAGUCCGGUGUGGGUGACAGACAACCUAGGCGCAAUGAGCGUGCAGUUCAUGCUACCCAAUCGGGAUGAUGCAGUGAUCUGGAGAGGGCCAAAGAAGAAUGGUCUGAUCAAACAGUUCCUAAAGGAUGUGGACUGGGGUGAGCUGGACUAUCUCAUUAUUGACACACCACCGGGCACCUCGGAUGAACAUCUGUCUGUCAACUCUCUCCUGAAGGACUCCGGAGUUGACGGUGCUGUCGUUGUCACUACACCACAGGAGGUAUCCCUAUUAGAUGUUAGGAAAGAGAUCGACUUCUGCCGCAAGGCCGGUAUUCGAGUCUUGGGGUUAGUUGAGAACAUGAGUGGCUUUGUCUGCAAGAACUGCAACACUGAAAGCCAAAUUUUCCGGGCCACGACGGGCGGUGGUAAGCGGUUAGCGAAGAAAAUGGGCAUCCCGUUCCUAGGGGCGGUCCCUCUCGAUCCCAGAAUCGGAAUGGCCUGUGACUACGGCGAAAGCUUUGUAGAUGGCUUCCCAGAUAGCCCGGCGGCAAAGGCGAUCAAACAGGUGGUGCGCGCGGUCGGACAGUUGGUUGGAGAAGACCCUGAUACUGUGCUACCGGAUGAUACAGCAGAGUGAUGAUUGCAAUUUUCUCUUUCUGGGUCCAUCUUUUGUUUUCAAGCGUGAUUGCAUUGGGGGUUAAAACUGUUCGAGACUUUGGCGUUUCUUUGGCAUACAAAUGAUUGAUACCACUGCAGAUCAUUCGAGGUUAUCUAAAUAGCAUUAUGAGUAUUUAAUGCGUUUUGCUUAGUGAGCAUCAGUUUCCAAACCAGUGGCGCUCCCAGUUCGUAUCGUGCCGUAUAAUGCGUUGUACACAGUCAAGAGCCAAGCCUUAAAAUGGUGCAGCGCUGAAAUCUAGGGACAAGUCGGUUCCCGUCCCUAAUGAUUAACCCACACAGUAAUACUCCACCAGGGAUUUCUCAGGGCUGCCACCUGCCUCAUGAGGAGAGAAUCGGCACUGCCAAGCAUGACUAUACUAGCAAAAUCGUUAUGUAUAAAUUGGGUACCCUGUUGAUCGACGUUACCCAAACUAUAGAUAAUUCUUGGCCCUGGUUAGAAGGUGAAAUCCCACUUCUUGACGUCCCCAAGCUUCCUUGUGAGUAAAAAAUGGGAAUCGACUCGUCUUUGGUGUCCAAAUUCUAGCGACCGUUGAUUGGGCAGGUCUUCGAAAAGGACUGUCCGCUGUUCA